UUUCAAUUACCAACACCCUUUUAAUAGACCAUUACUAGUAUAUGCUACAUUAAUCUCCUUCAAUCCUGAUCACUUCAAGAAAAGAAAGAAAGAAAGAAAGAAAGAAACACACACUUGAGCUAGCUAGAAGAAAAGAUAAAAGUAAAGAAAUAUGGGAUGGUGGAAGGAAGAAAAGUUGGAUUUAAUCCUGGUGCCAGUUGGGUUCUUAAUCAUGUGCAUCUAUCAUCUAUUCCUUCUCUAUAGAUACCUCAAUUGCCCUGAAGUCACAGCAAUCGGCUACGAGAAUCAUAACAAGAAAGCUUGGGUUGAAAAAAUGCUUUUGCUAGAUGCAAAAGACAGAGGAUUUGCAGUAGCGGUUCUUAACGGUCAUUUAUCAGCCUCGACUUCACUAAGUUCAAUAUCUCUAGUUCUAUGUUCUCUUAUAGGAGCCUUACUAGGAAGCUCAUCAAAUAACAUUCUUACAAGCAGUUUCAUAUUAGGUGACACAAGUCAAUCCACUAGCACAAUCAAAUACAUAUCGAUUUUAUCAUUUUUCUUACUAGCUUUUGCUUGUUUUGUACAAACUACAAGACACUUUGUACAUGGGUGUUUUCUUAUAAGUAUGCCAACUGGUGAUGUGCCCGUUGAUUGCAUCCAAAAGGCGGUUUUACGAGGAAGUAAUUUUUGGGCGGUUGGAUUGCGAGCACUUUACUUUGCGACCACUUUGCUUUUAUGGAUUUUUGGCCCGAUUCCUAUGUUUGUUGGUUCGGUUGUCGCAGUGGUGGUUUUGUAUUGCCUUGAUAUCAAUAAAGAGCCCAUGAUUCAGUAUAGUACAAACAAAACUGGGAAUGGUGGUCUUUUGAAGAGAAUUGGGCAAGAGUUAUCCGAAGUCGUAGAGGUCUUUGAACAUCAUGGAAGGCCGUAACACAUUCCUUCGAAUCUACUUCAGAAAAUCGAGUAAACUGAAUGGAGAUUAAACCUCUCUCUCUAUAUAUAUGUUAUUGGCUAACUUUUAUUUUUAUAAAUUUGUUGAUUAAUUUUAAGAGGCCUUGUAAUAGUGAAUGAGUAUUGUAGCUAUUAUGUUUGUAAGAGAACCAUCAUAUUUGCUGCAUUA